CCUAGAGUUGGCCCGCGUGUCAUCGGUGUGAAGGAGGGCUCCGAGGCGCUGUCCAGGCACCAGCACUGCCCCCGGGCCACCAGGCUGGCCUUCCACCGCUGCCCGUCUGGCAUCUGCUGAGUUGCCACGAGCCCCACGAUGGAGAUCCGUGUUGGCGACAAGUGGAGAGUGGGCCGGCGAGUCGGCGCCGGCAGCUUCGGGGAGAUUUAUCAAGGCGUCAACCUCCUCACAGGUGCGCAAUGCCAUGCCUUUUCCCUCAACUACUGAUGUAUUCUGUGUGUGGCAUCAUGCAGGGGAGCAGGUGGCCAUUAAGCUGGAGCCCGUCAAGACCAAACACCCCCAGCUAUUGUAUGUAUGUUUGGAUGCACGCUGGUGUCUGUCAUGGAGUGUGGUCAUGCAGGUAUGAGUCGAAGCUCUACAAGGUCAUGGCGGGGGAGAGAGACGGAAGUCCAGCACACAAGCCCUGCGGUCAGCACACACACACACACACACACACACAGAGAGAGAGAGAGAGAGAGAGAGAGGCAUGCAGCGGCCAUCUAUGUGCUUUUCUGGGAUUCUUGGGUACCCAAUCUAUCAGGCGUCCCCCUGGCGUACGCCAAGCACGUGCCUCGUGUGCACUACUACGGCACGGAGGGUGAGUACAACGUGAUGAUCAUCGACCUGCUCGGGCCCAGCCUGGAGGACAUAAUGAAUGCAUGCCAGAGGAAAUUCUCACUCAAGGCCGCCCUCAUCGCUGCUGAUCAAAUGGUGGGUGGGCUGAGUGGCUGUCUGGCAGACAGACUGGCAGGGCUCAUAGAUCUGAUCUGCACAUCCAUGGUUGGCGUCGUGUGGUUUGUGUGUCCUUCCGUCUUUCACGUCGGUCGGUCGUACCGAUGAAUCAAUCGAUCAGAUCAGUGCGGUGGAGUACGUCCACGCGCACAGCUUCAUCCACAGAGACAUCAAGCCCGACAAUUUCCUUCUGGGCACGGGGGAACGGACAGGCAACAUCACCAUCAUCGACUUCGGUAAGUCACAUUUGAGGAAUUAGCGAAUACUGACAAGGGCAGAGUGGGAGGGAGGGAGGGAGGGAGGGAGGGAGGGAGCAUGUGUGUCUCGUGUUGCCGCGUCACCAGGGCUGGCCAAGCGCUAUCGUGAGAGUGCCACUGGGCAGCACGUCCCAUACAGGGAAGGGUAGGUGAGUGAGGGACGUAGUGUGUCCUCAUCCCACCCCCACACGCACAAUGACACAAACCCCACCACCAUAUGCACCAUAUGCUGCUGUCGUGUUGGCGCGUGGCGUGUGUGCAUUGAAUUUCAGGAAGAAUCUGACGGGCACAGCCCGCUAUUGCUCUAUCAACACCCACCUGGGCAUCGUGCAGUCCCGCCGUGACGACGUCGAGGCCGUCGGCUAUGUGUGCGUCUACCUGCUCAAGGGGACACUCCCAUGGCAGGGCAUGAGGGCCAAAACGAAGAAGGACAAAUACGAAAAGAUCGGCGAGAAGGUGUUCGAUCUGUAGGGCGGCGUGCAUGCCUGUCUGUCUGUCUGUCUAUCUGUCUGUCGUUGUGUCUCACUCAGAAAAUGGGAACACCAGUAGACGUCUUGUGCAGAGGACUGCCAAGUGGGAGUGACACCAACAAAUGGGGAGGAGAGACUUUUAUGUGUAUGUGUGUUGUGUGGUGCAGGCGAGUUUGCCACCUACUUGUCCUACUGCCGACGGAUGCAAUUCGACGAAAGACCAGGCACAGACAAACAGCAGAGUGAUGCACAGAGCAUCAUGAUGGAGGAGGGGCAGUAUAUAUCUAUCUCUCCAUCCAUGUGUGCAGACUACAAUUAUCUGAGGCGGCUGUUCAAGGAGGUCGCCAUAAGGGAGAACGCCGCCAGUGGCGCUCUCGGAGAUGAGGCGGCCUUGGCCGAGGAGGUGAAGAGUCUCUUCAAAGACACACACAGACAGCCAGCUGCAGCAGGGCACAGAGACACCAUCUGAACGAGCGAAGGAGGGAGCCAUUUGACGGGAUCCAUUCACGCAUUUGCAUGGGGAUGGGUGCUAGUGUUGGUGCCGGUACUACUCUGUGCGUGUGUGUGUGUGUGUGUGUGUAAUGGUCAUGGAUGGCCGGGUGUAUCCUUCUGCAGAGCGGUGUAUGUUU